AUGACAACCCGCUACGCCGAAGCGCACGUCCCAUCCAAGCUUGCCGGGCCGGGCGACUCACGCCCAAUAGCCCUCCAAAUCAUCGCGGACAACCGGCUGGAAAACGCGCUGAGCGACAAGGUCAUGCUGGUGACGGGGACGUCGGCCGGGAUCGGGGUCGAGACGGUGCGGGCGCUCGCGGCCACCGGGGCCAAGGUGUACGCGACGGCGCGGAACCUGGACAAGGCGCGCGCGGCGCUGGGCGACGACUUGCUGCAAAGCGGUCGGGUCGAGCUGCUCUUGCUGGACACGGCGGACUUUGCGAGCGUGCGUCGCUGUGCGGCAGAGUUCCUCGCGCGCGAAACCAAGUUGAACGUGCUGGUCAACAACGCCGGGGUCAUGGCCGUGCCAGAGCGGCAACUCACGCGUGAUGGCCACGAAGUGCAGUUCCAGACCAACCACCUCGGCCAUUUCCUGCUGUUCCAACUCCUGAAGCCCGCGCUGCUCGCGGCGUCGUCCCCGGCAUUCCAGUCGCGGGUCGUCAACGUCUCGUCCAUCGGCCAUCGCCAGUCGCGCAUCGUCUUUGACGACCUCACCCUGUCGGGCCCCGGCGUGUACACCCCUUACAAGGCGUACGGACAAUCCAAGACGGCCAACAUCUACAUGUCCAACGAGAUCGAGCGGCGCUACAACACUCGAGGGAUCCACUCCUGGUCCCUGCACCCGGGCGGGAUCAUCGAAACGGGCCUCGCCUCGCACAUGGACGUGUCCGCCAUCGUCGCCAUCCCCGAAGUGCAGCGCUGCCUCAAAUCCGUCGCGCAGGGCGCGGCCACCACGGUCCUCGCCGCCGUCGACAAGGAACUCGAGGGUACCGGGGGCAAGUUCCUCGACGACUGCGCAGUAAGUCCGCCCUUCCCGGAGGGCGCGACCGAUGUCCUCUGGGCUCCGGGGUAUGCGCCCUGGUGCUAUGACGUCGACGACGCAAAGAGGUUGUGGGAGGUUAGUUGUCAAAUCGUGGGCGUCGAGGAUGAUCAGUAG